ACCAUACCUUCCUCCGUUUGCCGUGCUCCGCGCUCCUCGUCCGUUUGUGCCUGAGUUCCCAUUCAUGCCGCCAAUGUAACUUCUGUUACCACUCACAAAGAUAACGUGGUUGGCCACCCUCUUGAACUUCAAAAACCUCCACCUUAGGCUCAACAAUCUGACUCAACUUCAGAGGGAUGACAUCGUGAGCUUCCUUCGCUUAACAUUGUUCGUAGUGCUUUUGAUAAGCUGUCUACACAUUGUUGUGGUUUCCGUGGCUACAAUUUACGAGUUUUGUAUUGGACAAUUCAGACUUUGUUGGUUAACCCACGACAAAAUUGAUAGUAUUUGAAGCUUCCAUUACCGCAGCCAUCUAUCUAGGUAUGUAAGUUAAUAGGAAUUUUAUUUGGAUUGUAAGUUUGUUGUUCCAUAAAUUACUAUUAUUGCAGACAUUGAUACCUGGAAGUUUAUCUUCAAUUAACUUGAAGACUAUGAAUAACAUGGCUAAGAAUUUCAUGGUCCACCCCAAAGAGCAUAUUGCUUGGUUUGUUGAAAGCUGCAGUGAUUUGGAGUUGUCAAAGACACUCUUCUUUUUUGUUCUUUUGCAGUCUCUUUUGAUAAAACCAAAAGAUGAAGACAUUUAUACACUAUUUGAAUGUGUAUUUCCUAUUCUAAAGGCUGAGUGGGAAACAUCAAUGACAGCUGGUGAUGCCUCAUUGGAUGAGUUCAAGCCUGAAGUGUUAGACUGGGAUUGCAGUGCAUUCUUUAAUGAGCUUUUGUAUGUCAAGCUGAGACAUCUAAAUGUGAAGGUUAUGAUUUGCAUAUUUUGGAGGCUAGCACAACUAAUAUCAGUACUACCUUCUGACAUUCUGCUUCAUGAUGAUGAUAAGUGGGUCAACAAGAUAAGGGAUCUGUUUGUAUUUUUUGCUUCCUCUAAAUUGAAGCAUACAUUCCUCGAACACCUCCAUUACUUAGCAGCACAGUGCAAAAUAUCACCUCCCCGCCUCUUAUCUAAGUUUUUCACAGAUGAAGGUGUUACUGCUGCAGUUCAGGUUGAAAGUCUUCAAUGUUAUGCAUUUCUUUGUAGCCUGUCGCAAGAUAAAUGGCAAAUUGAACUUUUAGCUGAAUUUCCUUCUGUUCUUGUUCCAUUUGCGAGUGAUAAUCAGUCUAUAAGGGUUGCUGCCAUGAGUUGUAUUGAUUCAUUGCGUACAUUGUGGUGUCAUGUUGAGCGUUCUGGCAAGAAAAAUGGUAAUAAUGCAACGUGGAUCCAUUUUUUGGGUGAUGUUUUGGCAUUGAUGGAUCAACAAAAAACAUUCAUAUUGUCCGACAAGAAAUUUCUUCCUUCAUUGUUUGCAUCUGCUUUUAGCUCACCCUGUCCAAACAUCUUGGAGCCUCGAAACAUCUUGGUACCUCAAGAUAUAGAAAAAAGGAAUUUAUCUUCGAGUGGAUUGUCAAGAAAGAUAGACCCUUCAAUUUUAAAUCUCACCAUGCUGGAGAAUUUGGAUUUAUCAAAUAAUAGCUUAAAGGAUGAAGUUCCCGAUUUUCUGUCUCAAUUACAACACUUGAAGAUCCUAGACAAGCUUGAUGUUAUUAAAGGCUUUGCACCUACCUCUGGCACUAACAGUGACAAAGAUGAUCAUAAUGGGGAGCAAUUGAUGGAAUAUGAAUCUCAAAUUGCUCUAAGGAGAAGGAAGAAACUUGUUCUUGAUGGUGAUUUGGAAAAACAAAUCAAAGAUCUCCAUGAGAAGUAGGUUUGAGCAGAUCAAACUUUUGUCUAAACUUUGGGGCAUGAUUUAAAUUAGAGCCUUGUAAAAAAAAUUCAGUCUUUUUUAUUUUAUUUUUUUUACAUCAUUGGUACAAACAUUCUUAAAAGGAGUG